AUUGCUUUCAAGGGCUUGAUUCUGAAAUUUGGGGUAUCAUUCACCAACAGCCUUAAGACACACUGCCUUGUCUGUAAUCUCCAUCUGCCCCAGACAGUAAACUGACCUCUGAAAAGGUAUUAGUUUUCUCCCUUAGGAUCCCCAGCGUAUCCUGCUAUGAUGGCCUCUACCUUUAAUCUCAACUCUCCGGAGGCAGAGAGGCUGUCAGUUCUUUGAGCUUGAGUCCAGCCCGGUCUAGUUCCAGGACAGCCAAGAGUACACAAAGAAACCCUGUCUAGAAAAAUAAAAACAAACAAACAAAGAUCCUCAGCCUGGUGGUGAGCAUGAUAGUUUUCAUCCAGUGAGCCCUAGAUGCGGGAAUUUUUUUUUCCAUUUUUCCCUGGAAAAUGGGUGAAAGGGCCUGUAGAACCAACCUUAGGUGGAGGAAGAAUUCGGGACAUAAGACAUUCAAAAGGGUCUGGAGAAACUUCACAGGGGCCCUCACUGCCUCCAUCAGGGAGCAAAGCAAACAACAAAACCCCUGGCCUUGUCUUGCUUUUGUCAACUGCUACACAAGGAUGGCUGGCAUGGUGCUGGGAGUGGGUGCUGGCGUGUUCCUCCUCGCUCUGAUCUGGGUUCUGGUGUUGCUGCUGUGUGCGCUGUUAUCCAGAGCCUCUGGGAUAGCUAGGUUCUCCAUCGUCUUUGUCUUCCUCGGUGCUCUGAUCAUUACCACAGUUCUAUUGCUUUUCCCUCGAGCUGGUGAAUUCCCAGCCCCAGAAGGCGAAAUGAAGAUUGUGGAUGCCUUUUUCAUCGGCCGCUAUGUCCUGCUGGCUUUCCUCAGCGCUGUCUUUCUUGGAGGCCUCUUUCUGCUUCUUACUCAUCAUGUGCUGGAGCCAAUCUAUGCCAAACCACUGAGGUCCUGCUGAGCACGGUAAUGGAAACACGGGACAUGUUGACAUCACGGAUGAGCGCAAAGGCAAUCUCUGGAGCCUUGAACACCUUCAUGUCUUCAGACCAGAGGAAUAACCAUUUGUAGCCAAGGCAAACCUCCUGAGCCCUGGCCUCCAGAAACUCUGUAGCAAAGCAGAGUCCAUGGAUGCAAAUUGUCACCAUCAAGACAGGUACAAAUGUCUUCUCAGAACCCGUGCUCGGAUUUCUGUCUGUUUUGAAUGAACAGUAGUAACAGUGGCCUGCCUUGGGUAAACGUUCAGUCAAGCUGUGAGUAGAGAUUUGGGGAAAAGGAGUUUUGGGCUUUGCUGUCCAACAGAAGAAGCUGGUCCUUUUUAAUAACAUAUAAAUUAUAAGUUCUCAGUUGAGCAUUUGGAACCAUUUGGAAGAGAAAGUCAUUUAACACAAUAUUGCUUUAAUGAGAAAGUAUGGAAGAUGUAUCAGGCAGCAGUUAUUGACCAUCAUGUGCAGUUCCAUGGAACUCUGUAAAGAUAGUAUGCAGCACUUGCCUGAGUUCUAAUAACACAAUAAACUACCACCAAAGGGCUUGCUCUUCAAACUCCUGGCUACAGCUUUUGUGUAUAUAUACAUUUGAAGUUUACUUAGAGAUUAGAAGGGAGGUAUGGAAAUGUUAGAUGUCGUCCUGCCAUGUGUCUUAGGUCUUUUUCUCCCAAGAGAGGUAGCCUCUGGGUGCCUUAUUUAAGUAUUGAGUAUUAUGUAUGCAUCAAUUUUGGGCUUUGGCCCUUUCUUUUUUCUUUUCCUUUUGUCCUUUGGCAGUACUACAGAUUGAACCCAGGACCUCACAUGUGUACUCGACCAUCCUAUCCCUCUACUUACAUUUUGUCUGGAAGAACAAUUCCACUGUUUCCUAGGCUGGCCUUGAACUUUCUUUGUAGCCAAGACAGGCUUUGUUUGAGCUUGCCAUCCUGCCUUGGUUUCCCAAGUCGCUGGGAUUUUAGACCUGAACCAUCAGGCCUGGCUCUUUUUAUCUUCUUGAUCAGUUGAUUAGUUGGUUGAUUCCAAGCUGGUCCAGAGCUGUCUUGAACUCUGGCUCCUUCUGCCUCAGGCUUCUUGGGUACUAGGAUUAUAGAUGCGUCCCACAUGCCUGCCUCUAUGUUUUCAUCUUGGAAAUUCUUCCUCCAAAAUAAUUAAGGGAUGUAUAUUCUCAGCAUUAUAGUAUAACUUCACAUUUGUCUAACAUCCAAGCUCAAUAAAAUUUGUCCCUGAAUGGGGUGGAGGGUCCAGUCUGGGUCGCUUUGGAAGUGCUGCCUUGUCUCUCUAGAGCAACGUGAAGGGGAGUCUGAGAGCCUGGAGAACACGCAGGAAAGGUGAUAGAGCCAGCGAGGUGCCUAGGCUGCAGUGACUUCUUUGAGACUUAAGUUUUAUAACAACUUAUUAUUAUUGCUCUUAUUUUUAAGUAGAAAAAUCUUGACGUUUAAGGUGAUGAACUUUCCCAGGCUUCACAGAGCAGCCACCUGGUAAGCCCAGAUGUGGCAGAAGCCAGUCUCUCUCACAGUAGAAGACCUACACCAGUGGAUUCUCCGCCCUUCUGAUGCCGCAGCCCCUUAAUCCAGCUCCUCCUGUUGUGGUAAACCCAGCCAUGAAAGUAUUUUCAUUGCUACUUCAUAACUGUAAUGUUGCUGGUUAUGAAUUGUAAUGUAGGGGCUGGAGAGAUGGUUCAGUGGUUAAGAGCACUGACUGGUCUUCCAAAGGUUCUGAGUUCAAUUCCCAGCAACCACAUGGUGGCUCACAACCAUCUGUAAAGAUCUGAUGCCCUCUUCUGGUGUGUCUGAAGACAGCUACAGUGUAAUCAUAUAUACAUAAUAAAUAAAUCUUUUUUAAAAAACUUAAAAAAUGAA